AUGAUUCAAACUCAAUAAUCUAAAGAAGAGACUUUUCUUUAAAUCACAAAAAAUAUAAGUUAAGUAAACAUUGAUAAUGAGGGGACCUUUAAAUAUAUUCUAAUUUUAUUAGAGGACAAUUAAAAUCAAGAAUUUUAUUUUGUAAGAGGUCUAAAAUAGUAUGAUUAUCAUGCCUAAAAUUUUAAACACUUUUGUAAUGAAGCCAAAAAUAAUUUGAAAUGGUCAGAAUUCACAUUUAAUUUGGAAACUGGAACAAUAAUGGCUGAAUUAAAUGGUCAUAAAUUUAGCUUUAAAUGUGUUGGAGGGGGGAGACUAAAACAUUCAGUUAGUUAAUAAGCAUUAGAAAUUUAUGGAUAUUCUUAAUCUUAUGGACAAUGUGAUCAUAAAAUAUCCUUGAAUGUAAUAAGAACAGUUUAUCAAUAUUUGGACAAGAAUGUUAUUACAAGAAACGAUGGUUAUUGA